CGGCAGCAGGCGACGCAUUCAGUGGCAACGAUGGGUAUAGAGACGUACGCCGGUCGCGUUGCCCUGGUAACGGGCGCCAGCUCCGGCAUAGGAGCCGCCAUCGUGCAGGCGCUGCUCAGGAAGGGGCUCAAGGUGGUCGGACUCGCAAGGAGAGUCGACAGGGUCAAGGCUCUCGAGCUAAAGGACGCCCCCGGUAAACUUUACGCUAUUGAGGGUGACGUCAGCAAUGAGGAAAGCGUCCUGUCAGCAUUCAAGUGGAUCAGAGAAAACUUGUCUGGCGUCGACAUUUUGAUUAAUAACGCCGGUUUGGGCAACGACUGCAACUUGACGACCGGUAAGACACAAGACUGGAAGCGCAUCCUGGAUGUGAACGUGUUGGGUCUGAGCAUCUGCACCAGGGAGGCGGUGCAGGACAUGCUGAGGAGAGGCGUCGACGACGGCUUCAUCAUCCACGUCAGCAGUAUUGUGGCGCACAAUCCUCCAAUAGCCGCCUACCUGUCGAUGUACACCGCGAGCAAGCACGCCGUGAAGACGCUGCUGGAAGGACUCCGGAAGGACCUGGUCGCCAGGAAGAGCAAGAUUCGCGUUGGGGAAGUUUCUCCAGGAGCCGUGAGGACAGAGUUUCUCACGAACUUCGAUGGUCUUCCUCCGAACGUUUACGACACGAUUCCCUGCCUGGAGUCUGAAGACGUCGCGGAGGCCGUUGUUUACAUGCUGUCGCAGCACCCACGAGUCCAGGUUCACGACGUCAUUAUCUAUCCUACUGGCAGCUCAUGAGCUCGUCUCUGCUCUUCUGACUUCACCGUUUUCAUCAAUUUCUUCUGAAUAAACGUUUUAUAUUGUGGAUAACUUCUCUCACGUUAAAAAAAUGUAUCUCUACAUUUCCUUUUUUUCUACGAUUUUGCAUACUUUUUGGUAUUUCAUACUGCAUGUCCAGAACAAUAUCCAUGA